GAACAUCUAAACCUUACUCUUAACCAGUACUACGUGGUGGAGUUUACUUGGUGGAGCGGGAAGAGAUGGUUUGAGGUAUGAUUUCGUCCGCGAAUAUUGUGGGAUGAUGGGGUGCUGAUGUCUUUAUAUAGUGUUGGUGGGAUGGAGGUGUGAUGGUUUAUAUAGUACCGGUUGGGUGAUUAGUUGCUUUGUUGAAUGGGGUUUUGGAGGUGGAAGAGAGGGAGGCUGGAUCUCGUGCUGUUUCUGUCUCAAAUUCUGGCAAUGAAGAUGAUUCUCUUGAUGAGUGUGUUUGGUGUGAGGGUGUUACGGUUGGGGACGGAGAUAUGUAGCAGGGGUGGUGAUGGUGGCCAUCUACUGGGAUUGUAAGGUAGCAUGAGUAAUAUCAGGUAGUGGACUAGGGUACUCAAGC